ACAAUUGAUUAGUAGGAUUCAAAAGGUGAAGGAGGUAGAUAAAGUACAAAAACAAGUUUCGGAUGAAUUCAUUUGGAAUUUUUUGGUUUGUGCGGUUAAUAGUUGCAUCCGUUCAACUAAUAACAAGCAACUAUACAUUAAGUUUUUGUAUAGUUGCAAGGAUACAAAGAAUAUAGUUAAAUUGAAUUGGUGCAAAUUUGUUAAGGAGCACUUGAUGGAAACUACUAAAAAAUGGUUAGAUGGAGAAUCUUUCUUUACGGGUCCUUUAAUCUUUCUUAUGGUAUCCUAUUUUGAUCGGGUACAAAGGAAGGGGUUAGAGAUACCACGUCAAGUUCCAUUAAUAUCAUUGUGGAACCAAGAAAGGUUCCAUACAAGAUUGAAGUUUGAGAAAGACCUUGGAUUUGGAAAAGGAAAAGUACUAGAAAGAAUGAAAUUGAAUGUGGGAUCGGAAAAAAGGCAAGAGAAUGACAAAGGCAAAAAGAAAGAGCAACCCUUGACAAUUAGAGAAAAACAAGGGGAGAAGAAAGUAAUAAAAAAGCAAGGGAAAGACAAAGGAAAAGAGAAAGUUGUGGAAAACCAAUCAAUGACAUGUGAUUCUAUCACGUCUCCAAAUGAUAUGAUGGAUUUUUUAAGCAAAUUUGGAGAUUUGGCAAAAAGUCUUGCAUCGAAUGUAAAAGAGAUGUAUAACAUGUUGGAACAAGCAAAGGAUAUCUUUGUUGAGGAAUAAACAACGGGGAAAAUGCAUCAUCUUAUAGACAACAUUUGGUGCAAGUAUACCACAAAGUCAUUGGUAAAUCAAGAAGAAGAAAAGCAACAGACAAAAAGUCCUUCCAUACUUAGUCAAGAUCAACAAUUCUUCGAUGAACCGGCAUUCAUAGAAGAAUUGAAUAUGUUGAUGAACAUUGCAUGGAAGAAAUUUAAUGUUGAAAAGUCACCAAAGUCAUUGGGACAUGAUUUGACAUCAAAUGAAGGAGAAAGAGAAAAGAACAACGAUGAGAGAAAUAUCAAUGAAAAGAUAGAUGAUACUAUCUCUUCACCUAUACUUGAUAAAGAAGAGAAGCAAGACCAAGGACAAGAGGAUAAUCAAAAAGAAAGACAAGAGGCAAAGGAAGGAGAAAGCCAAAAGGAGAUGGAAGGAGAAAGAGAAGAGGAGCAAGAAGGAGAUUUGGCUAAAGGUUAUGAUCUAAAGUAUUUCUAUUAUAUUCUAAACUAAAGUUUUCUAUUAUGCUAUAUUAUAUUUUCCCCUUAUGUUCUAAAGUUUUCCCUUAUGUUCUAAAGUAUUUUAAAAAGGAAAAGUACUAAAAAAAAUGAAAUAGAAUAUUUGUAUAUGCUUAUGCUCUAAAGUUUACGCUAUAUGUUCUAAAGUUUAAGCUAUAUGUUCUAAAGUUUGCACUUU